GAGGGGCAGGGGGUGCCAGUGAGUCAGCAAUGAAAUGCCUCAUCAGCCAUGUCUGCACCUCCACUUCAGCUCAUCUGUGCACCCUCAACACCCCCACACACACACAUACACACCCUCUUCCUUCUCAUAAUAGGCUACACCCCCUCUUCUCCUCUUCUCUACACCCCUUCCUCCUACUCCCGUGACAGGCUACACCCCCUGGCUCUUAUAUGGGCAUCUCCACAUGUGCUGCACAAUCCCUCAGUCUGCAGGGCAGCUCACGCCUCCAGACCCCUCAGAGAGAGAAGGCAAGUAGGGAACAGGGACGUUGCCCGCUCCACACACACCAGCACGUCUGGGUCAGCGAGGGAAGAACAGAGCGCUGAGGACUGACGAGAACCGAGUGCUGAGGAGUGGCCGAACGCUGCUGAGCUGCUGAACAGCUAGUUGUUGCAUUCUGGGAGUUCCUGAUUCCUGUCGGAGAAAUCAUGAGGAGCAUGAAGCUGCUGCUGCUGCUGCUGCUGGGGGUUCAUCUGUGCAUUGGUGCACCCAUCAAACUUGUGGGGAGUGCAGCAGGCAGUCAUGAUUCUGCUGUAGAGAUGAGCCCACCUAAGGAACCUGCUCCAGAGGAACCUGCUCCUGAAGAACCUGCUCCAGAGGAACCAGCUCCUGAAGAACCUGCUCCAGAGGAACCUGCUCCAGAAGAACCAGCUCCAGAGGAACCUGCUCCUGAAGAACCUGCUCCAGAGGAACCUGCUCCAGAAGAACCAGCUCCAGAGGAACCUGCCCCAGAGGAACCAGCUCCUGAGGAACCAGCUCCUGAAGAACCUGCUCCAGAAGAACCAGCCCCAGAAGAACCAGCUCCUGAAGAACCAGCUCCAGAAGAACCAGCUCCUGAAGCUGAGGAGGAGGUGGUAACAAAAGAGGUGGUAGCUGAGGAAGAGGUUCCAGCUGAACCAGCUGAGGAGGAGGUGGUAGCUGAGGAGGAGGUGGUACCAGAGGAAGAGGUGGUAGAGGAGGAGGUGGUGGUACCAGAGGUGGUCAUCCCAGUUGACGCUGCCCCUGAGGAGGAAGCUAUAGAGGAAGAAGCUGCUUUAGAGGAAGUUGUCCCAGUCAAGGAAGAAGCUGCAGAAGAAGAAACUGCCCUGGAAGUAGUUGCCCCAGUUGAAGAAGAAACUGAAGCAGAAAUUGCCGCAGAAGAAACUGCAGAAGAUGCUGCCUCAGAGGAAGUUGCCUCAGUUGUUCCAGCUGAGGAGGAAGAUGCCCCUGCUCCAUCAGAAGAAGAAACUCCUGCAGAGGAUGCUGUUGCAGUUGUACCAGCAGAAGCAGAGGAGGAAGCCACCCCUGAGGAAGCUGUGGAGGAGGAAGCUGUGGAGGAGGAGGUUGUUGCAGUUGUACCAGCAGAAGCAGAGGAGGAAGCCACCCCUGAGGAAGCUGUGGAGGAGGAAGCUGUGGAGGAGGAAGCUGUGGAGGAGGAGGUUGUAGAGGAGGAGGUUGUAGAGGAGGAGGUUGUUGCAGUUGUACCAGCAGAAGCAGAGGAGGAAGCCGCCCCUGAGGAAGCUGUGGAGGAGAAGGCUGUAGAAGAGGAGGCUGUGGAGGACAUUGUUGCAGUUGCUCCUCCAGAAGCUGUGGAAGAAGAGGCUGAGGAGGUUGCAGAAGAGGAAGUGAUUCCUGUCGUAGUCGAUGCAACUGAGGAGGAACCAGUCCCAGAGGAAGCUGAAGGUGCUGUUGCUGUAGAUGUUGAGGAAGAACCAGCCUCUGUGGUCCCUGAGGAAGCUCUCCCUGUGGAGGAACCUGCUCCGGCAGAGGAACCUGCUCCGCCCUGCCCACAGUGCCCUGGGUGUCCAGUGGUAGAGACGGUCGAGGUGGACGAGGAGGUAGUGGUGGUGGUGGUUCCCAUGGCAACUGAGCCUCCUGAGGAAGAGCUGGGAUCCCCAACUGCAUUCCUUCUAGAGUUGGAGGCACCAAGAGAAGACAGGAGGUGUAAGCAGGGGACUGCUAUUGGGCUCAGCCUUCAUCACGCUGCUGUCACUCAUCGCUGUGGGAUCAGCUGGAAAGGCCAUCUCCAGGAAGAUGCGCUAGAGACUGAGAGAUACACAUGGUCUGGGUAGCCUGGAUGUCUGGAAAGCUGCAUGGAUUCACUGAUGAUCUGAAACUGAAGGCAGCUGGCAGCUCAAGAGUCUGAUGUCCUGGACUGAGACUGUACACAGACACAUACACACACAUUUUACACACAGACAUUAACACACCCAAAUAUACACAUGUACAUGCAUGCAGUCAUUCACACACUCUCUCUACUCUCUCUCUCACUCACACACACACACAUUUUACACACAUUACCUAUGUUCAUUUGGAACUCCCAAAUGGGACAGAGAGGUCAUCCUCCACCCUAAGGGUGGACGUAUUCAUGUAUAUAUAUAUGUAUAAGUGUCAGGUCAAGGGUGGACAUAUUCAUGUAUACUGUAUGUGUAAAUGUCAGGUCAAGGGUACAACUGCAUUAACUUUCUCUUUAUGUUACUUGUACAGAGUGUCACCAUAUUAGCAGAAUUGUUGUUGAUAUGAAUAUAAUAAUGUAACAGUGUUAUUGUCUUCAGAUGUGUGAAUGAGUGUGUGAAGUGGAUGAAUUAAAGGGAUGUAACGAUA